AUGCUACAGAAGAAGAGCGCCAACAUCCAACCGCAAAAGAGCAUGUUUCGUGCCACAGUCGAUGUCUCAGCAACUUUUUCCCACAAGAGCGAUAUCAAGCCGUGGCUCCAGAGCCAAGUGGCGGCGUUCCAGUUUGCCGUGGCCAUAGAAAGAAGCGAUCACGUCAAGAUAGUAUUCCGAUGCAAAUCCGGCUCGGCGCUGUGUCCUUUCCGCUUGCGGGCCAACUAUUCUGUACGUUCCGGGCGCUGGUCGCUCGUUCUGAUGUGUGAUCUCCAUGAUCACCGUGUUGGAGGACCGGAGGUCGAAGACCCGAGGAAAAGUGGCACAAAGUGGGAGCAGAAAAGAAAGGGCGUGAAAGAGCACGGGCGACGGAAUCAGAAAGAACAACGCCGGCUGGGACACCCGAAGAAGUUUGCCGAGGCAUCUUUUGUCUCCGAACGUCCUGACCGAGGCUACUCUGAAAGCGCUUACGAGAAAACAUACGGCGCAGAGAGAAUUUAUGACCGUCUGGCUGACCGGAAUCUAGAACGGCACCUGGAUGACCGAAGUCUGUCUGACCGACAUCUUUUGUCUGGAAACCUUCUAGCGGACAGAAACCUUCUAUCAGACCGGAACAGUCUAGGAAACUUAUCCGAACGGAGCGUACUUACGGAAAAAAACUUUCUUUCGGAAAAGAAUCUACUAUCGGAGAGAAGUCUUCUACCGGAGCGCAACCCCACAGAACGGGGCGUUUCUGAUAGACAAGACACCAUCAGGCCUGAUUUGGAUCCGUCAGUCGAUUCUGUUGUUCGACGCACUGUGUCUCAGUUCACACAGCUUGUCCAGCGGCACAUUUGGCAAAACCAAGCACUUCCGCCCGACCAAAAAGAAGCUGCUGUGGCACGUGUUGUGGCAGAACUUGUGGAUGAGUAUUUAGGCGAUACUAGAGCUCCUGCUGCAACACACACAAUGCCAUUAUCGCCACUUUUGAACGAAGAUGCGUCUGCGCCGCAACUUCCAGGCUUGGAUGGACCGAGCCGGGGAUCUGGACCAUUGCCACCUUUUACGCAACUACAAAAGAGACUUCCACUUCUGCCGGCACCAGACGGGAAAACACUCAACCCUGUGCAAUUGAUGAAAACUGCAGACUUGCGAGAGUUUAAGGUGGACAAUCUUGGCUCUGUUCUGUUCGCUCUGCCUCAGGACCGGGCAGAUCUUGUAGGGUUGGCCAAUCUAUCAUACUCGUGGGCUUCUGACUGA